CCCCCUGCUCUAAUGGGUCCCAGACUGAACUGAGAUUUAGGGACUUUUGCUCCGGAGUUACUCAGUCUGUGCGCCCAGGGCAUCUUCACCUUCCAGAAGCAGUGGCCCCAUCCAUUCCAUCUGGACAACUCAGGUCACCUGCCUGCUCCUGGGCUUGAGUGAGGACACCUUCUCUUCUCCCACAGUGCCUGUAUCAUCUUCCUGCUUCCUGUCCCCCUCUGCUGUCACAUAAGGGACCCCCAGCAGCACUCACGCUUGGGUCCUAGUGCCAGCAUCUGAUUCCGAUGUGCUCACCUGGGCUCCUUGGCCCGCAGACGCUCCAAGGGUAGGUGUGGCCAUCGUCCCUGCCAGUUGUCCACAGCGUGGCCCACUCUUGCACAGGAAGUGGAUCAAUGGCUUUGUCUGGACAGAGCAAGGUGGUGUGGGAAGGGACACAGUGUGAUGCAGAGGGCGUCAGGGAGGUGUUCGUGGCCCUACAGAUCAAUUUAAGGGCUGGGUCCAUGAGAGUUGCCUGUAAAAGACAAAGUGGAAGCCCAGUGCCUGACCAUGCUGUGUCCCCCAGGGUGGAGGGCACUGCCCUGGGCAAUGCCACUGCUGCUCUUGUGUGUCCAGCCCCAGGGGGCCCACACCUGGUGCUCUGAGGAGGACCUCAGCAGCUAUCAUCAGCUCAUCAGUAACCCGGAGCUCCCCGCUGCGAUACAGCUGGCACAGGACACAUUCAACCAGCUGAGCCUGGAGAAUCGCGCCUACCGCCUGGAACGCAUCCUCAGCACCCAGCGGGAACUGGUGGGUAACGUCCUCUGCUGCUUGCUGCCUGUGCCUGGAGCUUGGGUGAGGGCUGGGGCUUCCCUGUUCCAGGUUCAGCAUGAGUCCAGGCCUGGGAGAACCUCCCUGGUAUCCAGGGAGGAGCAGCAAUGUCUCCGUGUGGUUUUGGACCCGGGUACCCUGCCCUCAGAAGAGGAUCCUGGAGAGCUCAAGCCAGGCCCCUGCCUCAGGACCUUCACCUGCUCCUUCACCAUCCUCUCACAGCACCAGGCCGUCCAGCUCAGCAUCCUGAAGAAAACGUGCUCCAAGGGGCCCCCUAGCCAAGAGGCCUGGGAGGAGCCUGGGCUGGGCAGACGACACUUCAGCCUGGACCAAGCUGCAGAUUUGGAGGAGCUGUCCAGGAAGAGCAAGGACACCAUGGCUCAUCCGCCUGGGAAGGCACUGAUGGCCUGGGCUUUGUUGCUGUUCCUCUGGGGCCUCCAGCUCCUGGCCACUGGGGCCUGGCUCUUUGACCUAUCACAGUUCGGCUCGAAUGAUGAUGUGAAGCUCUACUUCCCCCCAACCAUGGAGUUCGCCCAACACAUAUUCAACCAGCAGCACAAGGACCGGUAUGCCUUCAGGGUGGAGCGCAUCCUGAGCGUCAGGAGGGAGCAGAUGAGAGAUAUAGUGUUCUUCAUGGUACUGAAGCUGCGCAGAACCAACUGUAGGAAGUUCCAGGACGACUUGGACAACUGCCCUUUCCAGAAAAACGCUGAUCUCAGCAAUGUCAUCAUCUGCUCCUUCAAUGUGAGCACCUUGCCCUGGAUAACAAAGUUCACGCUCUUGAACAAGACCUGCUCCUAGGUCUCCCUCUGACUCCAAGACUGGCCGCCCUGCUCACCUCCCAGGACACCAGCGCUCCCCACAUGGCUCCUCAGUCCCAGCUACUCCAAAGAUGCUCCUUCCUUACUUUCCAAGAGUUUUGGGUCCUGUCCCAGAAUGUAAAGUUCUUCUUUGUCCAAGGUCACCAUAGAGAACUCAUUAAAGUUUGCAUGUAGAGACCA